AUACAUCCAUUUCAUUGUCCAUAUCAACAUAAGUGGGUCCUAUUGUAAUAAUAAUUUAUUAUAAAUUUACUGUACGCCGCAAACACGUGGAUGUAUAAUUUUAAAAUACAAGGAAGUCCUGUGGCAUUAAAACAAAACGAUUUAGCUUUCAUUUAAUACUUUUGAUAUUUUGAAUUAAAUUUUAUUGUUCAUCGAAAUCUAAUGAAUCAAUGUUUUUUUUUCUAUAAUUUAGGACAUAUUAUAUCUUCGUACUCGUAGGGUUGAAAAAUAAUAUAUGAUAUAUGGCAACACCAACGAAAAGCGCAGCGCAACGGAAAAUCAAUACUUUUGUACUGAUGUAUUCGCCUUUUUUAAAAUGAGAACGUGACAAAACUUUAAUUUAAGUCAUCGAAAGAAACCAUUUAAUUUAGAAAAAAAAUAUCUGUCGCGCGUUUUGAUGUUCAAUUUUUAUUUAUUUACUUAGUGAUGAAGAACCUCUUGGUUACGGCGUGGUAGUACCUUCUGCUCGCUUUAUUAGCCGCAUUUUCUUCAAAUUUUAGCUCUUUACGAAUUUUGUUGAGUAAGGUCAAGGAAUAUACAUUAUACACGAAUAUAAUUAUAAGCUAAAAUGGAAGAACUGAAUGGGGACCUUUACGGGGAUGGUCUGGUUAUUUUAGUCGAAGAAGGGUCUCUGGAGCCCACCGAUAAUGGAAAUCAAGAGCAAAAUUGUAACAUUUGCGACAAUAAGUUAUGCAGUCCUCGAGUAUUAUCUUGUCUUCAUGUUUUCUGCGAAGCAUGCAUAGACAAACUGAUGGUUAAUGAAGCAGGAGACACACUAAAGUAUGAUUUAGCCGUUGAAUGCCCAAUAUGCAAACAGGAAACAAAGAUAUCCGGUGGUGGAGCUGCUUCGCUUCCAUCAGACUAUGUCCUCACCAACAUUUUGGAUGUCUCAGCCAUGGACCAAUCCGUGGUUUGCACUUGCUGCAAGAGCAAGGAACCGGCUGUUGCCAGGUGUACUGACUGUUCCCACUUCUUAUGUUCCAACUGCAACUCCGCUCACGAGUUCAUGAGGUGCUUCGAAAACCACCGAGUGGUACCGUUUGAUGCGUUGCGGUCGUCUAAAGAGAAAGCCGCCGUGCACAAACCAAUAUUCUGUUCGCGCCACAUCGGAGAGAGCCUGAAGUUUUAUUGCUGUGAGUGCGAAGUCGGAGCUUGCACGGAAUGCCUUACUAUCGAACACAAGGUGGGAGAACAUCGUUGCGAGCGCAUCGUCGAUGCCGAACCCAAUCUACGAGCCGAGCUCAGGACUCUUAUCGCUGAAGCCACCGCACGAGCGGCCGCUGCCGGCAGCGCCUCCGCCCGCCUGGAUGACGCGCUCGGAGACUUACAGCGUCAGCGCGAUGACGCUGAAAAUGUUAUAAAUGAGGCUUUCCACGCAUAUAAAGCGGCUCUCGAGAGACGCCGCGAAAAGGCGCUCGAAGAACUGGAACGGCUCCACAAGGAGCGAGAACUCAAGGUUAUGGACCUAUUUGACAGGGUAGAUAAGACUGUGCAGCGCAUAGACACCGCCUGCAAAUUCGCAUCGAGGCUUCUCAAUUCCGGCGACGGUACCGAAAUCGUAAUGCUAAAAAAGACCGUGGCGUCACAAUUCUCUCGCUUACUGGAAGGCGCUCCCGAAUUCGAGGUCGAUUACUCCCUGCAAUUUGUUUCUAAGAUCGAUAAGUUUGACUCCAUCACCGAGGACACCUUCGGGGUCUUUCGCACCGAAGCGACUCGCGCAGAAGAGAGAAAACGCGCCAGCGAGUCGUCAGCGAUCGUCUCCGUGACGUCCAACUCUCACUCUCCCGCUGUGUCCGUGACCAAUACGCCCGUGUUCGACGACUAUCCCAUGGGCAACGUGCGCCGCGUCACCGGAGUCGGAAGCAUCGUGGGGGUACCGGGCGUUCCGGGGGUCAGCGGAGUGCCCACCAUCGGAGUUGCGGGCGUGGGGCCGGUCGCCAACAACAGCGUGCUCCCCGGAGUGGGCGGCGUGAACAACGUGCCCGGGGUGCCGGCGCUGCCGUGCGCGUCCAUGGUGGAGUACAACCUGCAGCAGCUGGCCAGCAUCGCCGAGAAGGACGCGCCGCCGCCGCCGCACGCGUCUCCCGCGCCCGCCUUCACCCUGGCCGAGCUGCUCGCCCAGGAUCUGAACUCGCCUCAGGCGUACAACAACCUGCAGGCGCUCGCCAAACUGGGCUUGAACACGGAAGUGAACGGGUUUGGCGGCGUAGGCGGCGUGGGCGGCAUGGGCGGGCGCGGCGUUUCGCCGGGGCGGCCGCUGCUGACGGCGGCCGAGGAGGCCGCCCUGGUGGCGCCGCCCGCUCCGCUAGUGCGCGCCACCAAAGCCACACCCAUGCACAUCCGGUUCAAGUUCGGACAGCUGGGAGGCGGGAAAGGGCAGUUCAACUCCCCCCACGGUUUCUGUCUCGGAAACGACGAGGACAUCAUCGUCGCCGACACUAAUAAUCAUCGCAUUACGGUGUUCGACAAAUCUGGCAACCACAAGUUCAACUUCGGCGUGGCCGGCAAGGAGGAGGGGCAGCUGUGGUACCCGCGCAAGGUGGCCGUGGUGCGCGCCACGGGCAAGUUCGUGGUGUGCGACCGCGGCAACGAGCGCUCGCGCAUGCAGAUCUUCACCAAAAACGGACACUUCCUGAAGAAGAUUGCUGUGCGCUUCAUCGAUAUCGUCGCCGGAUUGGCAGUCACCGCAGAGGGCCUCAUCGUAGCCGUAGACAGUGUCACGCCCACAGUCUUCAUCUUGUCGGAGGAAGGCGACUUGAUGAGCUGGUUCGACUGCAGCGAGUGCAUGAGGGAGCCAUCUGACAUCGCCAUAAGUGGCAAAGAAUUCUACGUGUGCGACUUCAAAGGGCACUGCGUGGUCGUGUUCGACGACGAGGGCCACUUCCUGCGGCGCAUCGGCUGCGAGAACGUGACCAACUUCCCCAACGGCAUCGACGUGUCCGACGCCGGCGACGUGCUCAUCGGCGACUCGCACGGCAACAAGUUCCACGUCGCCGUGUUCUCGCGCGACGGCGUGCUCGUCACCGAGUUCGAGUGCCCCUACGUCAAGGUUUCCCGUUGCUGCGGUUUGAAGAUUACCUCGGAAGGCUACAUAGUCACUCUGGCUAAGAAUAAUCACCAUGUUCUAGUCCUCAACACCCUAUACAUUGUCUGAGGAGUAACUCGAUGGCUGUAAGUCUGCAUACUACGAGAUCUCACAUUUAUUCCCUUUAUUUUAUAUUUAAUUGCUGUUUUACAAGCUUAACAUUUUUUGCUAAACCAGUAUUUGAUUUUUGUUAUUUUGUGUUAAAUUUCAUGUUAUGUUUAGUCGGAUUAUACCACCCUGUCUGCAUGCAGUGAGCUAUCUUAACCCUGUACAGUUCUCUGUUUUUGAAGUAUUGCAAUUACAAGGAGACCAGUUACUAGUAGGUACCUUUGACUGCUUGUAGACAGGACAUUCGAGUCAUUAUUUCCAAAGCACUGAGUACUUGCGUAUAUUUGUCGGUUUGUUUUCGUCUCAUUUUAUUAUGAUUGCAUUUAGUUAUAGUGAAGGAAAAUCCAAAGUUUAGUGUAUUUGUUUUUUAUUAUACAUAUUGUUUCCUAAAUUUAGCAGCUGGUAUGGUUCCUAGUUCGAGUGAAGUUAAUACAUGUCAAUUAGGGGACUGCGUGGGAGUGUCGCCUCAUUCCAAAAGUUGCAUCUGACAUGUGACCCGAGCCCGGUAGCGGCAUCCAUGCGUACAGUACACGUAGAUCACUCAUUCGCUGGAUAGUGAACAUACGAACGCACAAUUGAGUUUUGUUAACGAAAUUUUAGUCCUACAAUGACCAAAGGGGGCGACACUAAAAUAACGUGCCAUCUAGUUUAGGUUAAACUCGUAUACAAUAUUAUAUAUUGUCCGUUAAAAUAUAUUUACCAUUUACAGAAUUCUUGUGUCUAUACAAAAUGUUUUUUCAUGUACUCUUGUUUUGAGAGCCUAUUACAUAUUUGAACAUUUUUUCAUGCGUAGGCAUACACUAUGUUAUAAAAAUUUGGUUCAUUCAAUUUUACGAUGAACCAGCACAAGCUGAAUUAUUAUAGAAAAGCCUCAGUAAGUAACGUUGCAAUAAUUUACUAGGUAUACAAUAUUAUGGACGUUUAGAACGGAACAGACAUUUACUCUGACAUCUUUGUGUAUAUUUUCAAGUCGAAACUUGCACAUCUAUAUCUAUAUAUGUACAUUAUAUUCGGCGUUAUAUUGGGAAGAGCUUGAUAUUAUUUGUCCAUAAGGAUAUGGAGUGCACCAGUUAUACAUAACAUAACCUACGGUGUAAGGAGUAACAUAGGGUUAUAUAUUGAAUAUUCGAGUCGUUAGUUGUUAUUGCAAAAGUAAUAGGUCACAAUACCUGUCACAAUGUACAGGAUUUUGAAAACUUAUUCACGAAUUGAUUGAUAAAUUCAGCAAAAUUUAUUCCAAUAUCUUAGUAUUAAAAUGAGAGUAAGUGUUCUGUGAAAUGAUUUGUUCGUUCGCAAUUUCCAAAAUUCGCAAUUUAUAUACAAUACCAUUACCAUUAAACAUUGGUCGUAACACUACAUGACAUGCGCCAAAUUAUAUAUUUUUGUAGAUAUUCGAUGUAAAUGUUCAAAAUUUUGCUGUUUGAAUGCUGCACUUUCACCUAAAUGUAUCAAAUAUAGUAACCAGUUUGAAUUUUUAAUAUUCUCAUAGGGUAGCAUUUUUUAGAAAUUUGCAGGGACCUUUAGGUGAAAUGCCUCAUUGAAAUAUGCAGCCAGUAUGCCAGUGACAGUACAAUACACAAGAGUAGAACCAAUCGUACUUACUAAGUGAGAUUAAAUAAAAGCUUGAGAAAAUAACAGAUUUUCACAGAAUUGAUAGUAAAUAUACAUUGAUAUUACUCGUAUUGUAGCCCACUGGAGUGAACGUUGCUUGGGUUGUAGACCUUAGAGUACUGACUCUUGUUAUGCUAGCCCUGUGCUCAAAAAAUGCAUUAUUAUAAAAUACAGAAUAAUACGUAAUAGUCAAUAUUAUAUAUACGCCUGUCGUAAAACCUACAUAAAAAUUAAUUCAUUUUAACCUCUUUAAAGUAUUAUAUAAUAAAUAUAAGAGCAAUUUCCCUAUUGUAAUUUAUAUAAAGUCAGUCAUUGCAUAUACAUUGUAUUGGUAUUAAUUUUUAUGUUAAACAUUUUACGGUACUUAACAUUAAAACCUAAAACAUAUUCAAAUUCUACCAUACCACCUAUAAUGUGUGAUAUUUUUGUUAUUAAGUAGUACACGAUUUUCGUUAAACCUCGCUCUCUACGUCUAAGAAAUUUACAAUUAUCAAAAUCAAACUUUAAUAAUAAUUCGUUGGCUUUAGAAACACGUUUUAAAUCCUUCGAACAAACGGUGAAAAUCUGUUAUAAUAAAUAGAAGUAUUUACCCCUACAAAAUUUAACACAUUUCUGUCCACUAUCAAUAUCGAUAUGUUUCUGAGCUAUAAUAUGGUAAAAUCCAAUAAUUUAUCGUAGUAAUAAAUAACAAUAGGAAAGUAACACAUUGUAUGAAACGUUUGUACUUAAUUAGUAAUAGUUUAUUUUGUUGUGUGUAUUGCGAGAGUUCUUGAAUAUAGAAUACACCAGCGACAUAUUAUGUGAUAUGAGCAAUAAUUGAGAGACAACCGUAGUAAGACUAGCUCGCGCCGGCCCGAGCAGGCGCCCGGCGGCGAGCCUGAAUCCUCUAUUGAUUAGUGAGUAACUUUUGGGUUUAUUUUUCAUAUUGUUUUUAAGUUAUUUGUUUCAGGAUUUUUGUCCCGAUAGCAUUAGGGAAUUUUAUUUUCUUUAUUUUACCUAGGUUUAAAAUAAUGAGUCUACAUGCCCCUCGUGGACGAGUAGGUGUGGUUAAUACUCUGAUUUUGUCAUUUUACUAUUUUGUUUAGUUAAACUUUCUGGGCCUAUUAUUUAAAUAGUAUUUUUGGCCAGUGUGUUUAGGCCUUUAGAGUUACGAAUUUUUACUGCCAAAUUAUUUUCUUACGAUAUUUGUGGCAUGAACAUAGUAAUUAUUUGAAUGUAUGAUAUUUGUAAAAUUAAGUUACUAAUUGUUGCCAAUUUUUUGUUUAUUAAUAUUCAGGGUUUUAAUAUUAUAAUGUUCAAUUUUUAUUUGUUGUCAUUGAUCAAAAUUAUUGUGUGUUAGAGCGGUAGAAGUAACCGGAAUAGAAGUUAUGAAGCCCCAAAGGGAGCGUAUGACGCUAAUGUUGCAUAAAAAUUAUAAAAAAGUGGUGUGAUAAGUUUUGGAUAAUUUUACAAAUUAUACUAUUUUGUGUGAAUUCCAAUAUUAAUAAAUUUAACGGUGAAAUAUCAUUGUAACCUGUAAUUUCCCAAACACCUGAAAUAAGAACCUUGUAUUUGAAAGUAUUAAUUAUAGUUAGUAUGUUCAAACCAUCAUUUACAUCGAUUGUGAUCGUUUCGUCGACAGUUUCCUUAGUUCUUGCCAUAUACUUACGUAGAUGUCAUUGUAGACAUUUUAGUAGUUGUUAGAAUUCCAAUUGGAUAUACACGACAGUAUCACAAGUUUGCCUGUACAGCCCGGUGUACGGUGGCGGUGGCGUUGUUUAGAGAUGUUUAUUAGACGGAGCGGCGCGGCGUAUUGGCCGCGCGGCGCUCGGCUGUAUAUUCUUGCUGUAGCAAGUACCUAAGCACUUUGCCAUGGAUAAUGGUAUUUAUUGUCCAUUGACAUUACUCGAUAAUAAUUGUAUCAUUAGAGUACAUUACAGUAGCCUUUCUCGAGAUCUUAAAAGUUACCUAUAUACACUUUGAAAACAAUUUUUGGUAAAUAUAUUUCUCUUGAAUCUAUUCCCUUAUGUAUUCAGCAAUAAAUUACUUCUGUAGUUGUAGAAUCACCGUAUGUGGCACUGAUCAACUGCGAACCUCGUCAGCAUUGAGCUGUUUCACAUUCAAUGUUUGCGCGUUGCGAGGUGAAAAGCCAGGAUGGACCAUGAACAAUUUUGGAAUUUGUGAGCUAUCUCAAGUUUUGUAUCUAUUUUGUGUUAUUUGGUGCCUAAAGCUAAAUAAAUAAUACCUCGCUCUAACCCUUUCCAACCGAAAAAUUGAGAUUUGCUAACUUAAUAACAAUUCUAGUGACAUUUUAAAAUUGACCCGCACGAUCGUAUCAGACCGGGUGGAAAGGGCUAAAAGGAGGAAUGUUACGAGGAGAGUGGUCAUCGUUUCGAGCACUUCGGUUUAAUUUAUGUAAAAGCUGUACCUGGUUUAGUCAGCGUUGCAGUUAGAGGUACUGCACCAACUUCCAGAAUGUCUUAUGGCGGAGCUGGCGAGUCGUUCACUUGGCGGUUUGGCCGGAGUUGGCAGUGCCGCGUGCGGUGAGUGGUAGGGUUCGCAGCGCACAAGCUGAGCUCUCAUGUUACCCUCCCUAUUGGAGGUGGGCGUAUUGCCUAUGUUGUGGCACCAAGCACAGCUCAAUGGUUCCGUGGAGUGUUGUGGCAUAACGAGUCUAUUAUAACGAGGACGCAUUUCCGCUGGGUGGAAUUAAAGUUUGAUACGGCAUUCUCAUCUAAUUCCAUUAUCUCGCAGUGACGGUAAAGACAGCAUGCUCAAAGAUUGAAAACGAUUUAAUUUUAUUCACCCUUACCAAUUUAAUCUCCACUGUUCUGAAAUUACAUAACUCGUAAUAAAUAAGGUUGUGAGCUCUAUUCCCAUUGGAAUUUUAAGCCACAUGUGUGCUUGUGCAAUAAAUAUCACAGUUUGGAUCUAGGCUUUUAAAUUAUUAUAGAUUAUAUACAUUGUUGAGCUGAUUAUAAAAAUUUAAUAUAUUAUUAUACCUUUUAAUAUUGUUAAAGAAUUCUAAUUGCAUUCCACAUCUUAGAGUGAACGAAUUUGAGAUGACCGUUUUCAAUCUACAUUAUACAAGUUAUUUUUUUUACAUGUAGGAUUAUUAGCAGUUGCCAAUGUUUUUUUCCUUUAGUCAGUAAAAGUACAAAUAUUUUAAUAUACAAUUCUUGGUAUUUACUUAUUGUAGUGAUCUUAUCUUUAAUUGACUCUAACUUUAAGCAUAAUUUUUUGUUCGCAUGAUGGCCAUUUAGGUAUUUCUCAUCUCACAAAUUAUUCAGUACUUGACAAAACAUAUCAUCCAAAAUGAUUAUUUUAGUUUACUUUGAAUCUGCCUGCAUAUUCCGAUCUUACAUAAGUUUCUUAACAUACUUGUUUAUUACGGUAAAUGGCUAUUUCUUUUGUUUUGAAAUUAGAUUUAAGUAUACCAUAAGUUACGCAUAUGUUUUUGUCGUUUCUGUGUCGAAAAUGUAAACAAUACUAUUAUAAUUUGUGUGAAAGGUGCAUGUAGAAAUGCAAAAUAAUUUUGCUCCAAAGAUUCAUUUUAUUCGUUAUGUUGAUUUUAAAUUCUUAUAAUAAAACUAUGACAUUUGUGGAAUGUGCAUCAGUAGGUGUUCGAUAUAGAAAGUAAUUUUCGUAGAGUUGGUGCAGCCGAGCAAAUCUCUACUAUAUUCUCUUAAGCAUAUAUUGCUCAAUAAUUAUUUUAAUUCUGUUGAAAGUAUUUUAAACUUAGGAGUAGUCCACAUCGAAUAUUUUGGAUGGCUGGACUUGACACGAAAUGAUAUCUAACAGACAAUACCCUCCGUGAAGAUUUGAAACAUUGUAACGUUGAAGUUUAUUAGAUAUAGUUGUUUGCCUUUGCGGCGGCUUGCCGCGGGAGCGAGCUGCAGGGGGCUCCAGUAGCACCAGCACAGUAGCGUACCACUGCCUCUGACAUGCCUACUUACCACAUGCAAUUACUCAUGUUCAUGUGAUUUUACUUUGAUCGGACAUUCUUUAUUUGAUUAUGAUCAGUGCGACCUAAACAGACUGCGGGGUAUUACGUACACGAGCGUAUAUUUCAUUAUAGUUGACAUUAAACGCCAUCGCUGAUUUUAAAUGUUGGAAUUUAACCGCUGCUUUGUCGAUCAGGGUGCGUAGUCAAUGCGCCAAUCGAUAACGCUCUGUAGCAAACAAAACUCGACUGUCACUGACGCACUAAUAUGGAAGAGCGAUGGAGAUGACUACGCUACGUUACGAAGCGUUAACGAUUGGCAUGUUAGCUAAGUAACCGACGUGCGUAGACAAGAUGCCAAUCGUUUACGCUCCGUAGCGUUGCGUAGUUAUCUCUCUAUCACUCUUUCAUAUAAGUGCGAUAGAAACAGUUGCGUUCCGUUCGCCAAGGAGCGUUACCGAUUGGCAUCUAGUCUUCGCAAGCAGAUCUGUUAAGUGCACGCCUACGGAAUACCCCGCAUAAUAUAUGGAUUUGGCAGCAGUGCCCUUAUAAAUACUUAUUUUAGAGCAUACCCAGGCGUUCCCAGAGCGCUAGGUUAAUUUGUGUCAAUUUCAUACGAAUAAGAUUUUGCUUUAGUAGAUUGUCGAAUAAGAAACCAAUUCGUAGCAAUAAUGUGCUAUUUUGACUGCAAAAAUUGGCACAAGUCGUGUUUGCUUGGGGGUGGGUGUGUGUCACGGCAGAUUUCUAGUUGGUGUCGGAAAUCAGUAAACCAGUGGCAGUAGCUUAGCCUUAGCAUACGUUGUGUGAUGGUGUUGACUGUACAAAGAUGAAACUUUUCGCCCCACAGUCAACGAAAUAUAUUAUGUAAUCCAUACAGGAGUCUCUGCUGCAUUGUGCCUAGAUCUUAGAAGUUAAUGGUAUCAAGGUAGAGUUAAUCUCAGAUAUUUUGGCUCUUAAUAUUCCAUGAUAUUAUUUUGUUUUGCAUGAAAAUGUAUUUAUAUUAUAUACAUAAAUACACUUAGUAAUAUCGUAUACAUGAAUAUACAUUGCGUGGUUUGUAACCUGAUGUUUAAUUUAAUUGUAAUGAAACUUAUUGUUAAGAUGCCCAACUGGUCAAAUCUGUCCACGGUUGGUCGCGUGAGCUGUAAAGCGGUCUCUUUCAGCGAGAACUGUCAAUUUGCUCCUGUGGACAGAAGUAGAAUUUAUUUGUUUGAACUAGUUGCACAUCUUACUUUGACCAAAUUAUUAAUACCGCUAACGUUACUAGGAAAUAUACUAUUGUUGUGUAGUUCGCACUCAUGCUGUUUAGUUUUUAAGAUGAGUGCGGUUUUCAAGUGACCUUAGCGGUUUCUUUUUUCAUAAUUUUAAGUUUAUUCUCGUGAAUUGUGGCCAGGAUAACAACAGUAAAGAGCAGUGUAUUUCAGAGCCUGCCUAAAAUAUAUUUUUGUCAUGAUUUUAUUUAGGUAUAUACAUGUUAUUAUUCACGUAUUACAGUUUUCUCAACAUUAGCUUGUAUUUUAAUUAAGAAAUAAUCAUAUUUAACAUUGCCAGGUGAUCAGCAACCUGCACUUUAAUAUUUUUGGAAACUAUUGAACUUAAAUUGUACUGACUUUAUAAAUAUAUUUACUUCAAUAAAGAUUUUCCAUGCCACUAAAA